AGUACUUCCUGCUUUGACGAGAACGAAGAAGAAAUUUCGCUGGAUAACCAAAAAGUUGUUCACCUUUCAAACCACAGCACCUUGGAGGGAGAAAACUAAACACUCGAGCAGGAUGUCCCUGAUGGAGCAUGGGUUAGUCCGGCCAGUGACUUCAGUGGCCUGGACCUCCAACAGUAGCACCUGCCCCAAAGACUUCCACCUGAUCAGCAUCACAGAAGACGGAGCAUCAGCAAACUUUACCCGCAGCUUUGGGAUGAAAUCUGGAUAUUACCUCUGUUACAACAAGGACUUGGCGGGUGGUAUGGUAGUGACAGACAUACAGGUUAUUUCAGACAAGGACUCUAUCCCUCAUGGUUACUGCUAUAUAGCGGAGCACCUCGAACCAAAGGCCUCUGUUUCGAAGAAGAAGCGGGUGUGUGUUCGCUUCGUCCCAGUGGGCAGUGUGGACACAGCUGUGCUGGAUGUCAAACUAACGGCCAAAAGCAAAAUGAUGUUGCAGCAUUACACAUAUGUGGGAGACAUCCAUGGCUUUGUGCUGUGGUGCAGAAAGGGCCAUUUUUCCAGCCCCAUGCCCCAAGCCAAGCCCCGUAGCGUCAGCCUGGACCUGCGUGGCCUCUCUUUGGAUCAGCCGUCUGCUCCUCUGCCCCUCAGACCCCGCAACCCUCCUCCUCCGCUGCCACACAGCAGACUAAGUCACAGACGCCACAGCCUCAAUAGCAAAGAUGACUUGGACAAACCUGCUGACAGCAGUUUCCAGGGAAUAACAGCUCUCGAUGGAGUUCCAUUUAGCCUCCAUCCAAAGUAUGAUGUCCAGGCUAAUGGGACGACUCCUCAGGUGAACUUAAACAAUGUUCGUAUAAAGUCUCUCCAAGACAUUGAAAACGAGUACAAGUACACGUUUGCUGUGGAGGAAAAUGCCGCCAAAAGGACCAGACCAACGCUACCAGCAGGAGGUGCCUCAUCAGCUCAGUGAUCUUUGCACUUUGCCAAAGCAACAAUAUCAAACUUCUGGUCUGUCCAGAUGAAGUUUGUAGAGAAACACUCCAAAACACGUUACUGAUGAAGGAUAAUCCCAGCCAAGUUAUGGUUUAUUUUAAGUAGCUUUAAAAGGCUCCAGGUGUAACAGAAUUUAUUAUAACUGGCUCCAUUUAGAAGGUGGACUCUGGACACUAGAAUGCAUGAAACUGAGUGUCAUACUUCCAAUUCACUUCCAUGUAAAGUCUGCACCAUCUUUAAGCAUUCAUAAUUUUUAUUUGCCAAAGAAAAGGCCUGUUUGAAUGAGAUCCUGCAUUUAACAUCGUUGAAAGACGUUAUGAGGUCAAAUAUGGAAUGAAUCUAUGGAUUUUUAGAGUAUCUGCUGUUUCUGAGCUAAUCGUCUCCAGCACUGAGCCCAAAAAGUUGUAAGAUGAAAAGAUGCACUUUGCCACUGAACAUGUUUUCUGCAUGCUCUGUCUAAUGUCACCUGAUAACUGUUACACACCUCUUUGUUUGAAUCAGUAGGAAUUUCUAAAACAGAACUGUAAUUUUAUUUUUAAGCGGAGGAACUUUGCUGCAGACGAUGGCUCAGCAGAUAAACUAACAUCCUUAAAUGUAGAAAUAUUUCUUUCUGUCAGGUUUGUUUUAUUCCAAAAAAAUAAUAUAUCUUAUUUUAAGGUGAAUGUAUGGCAGUUGUAUAUUUGCUAUGUUUGUUCAUAUACUUGUAGAUUUGUGGGCUCAGUGGGAAAGAGUUGUUUUUUGUUUUGUUUUUUUCCUUUACGCGAGGCUGAGUAAGGACCAAAUAUUUAUCAGUGUCAGAUUGUUGUUUUUAUCGUCUCUAUAUCAAACUUUUACUGCAUGGAAAAAAUAAAAAGCUAAAGAAACAAUAC